UGGGAAAAGAAAACAGUGGAAGACCAAGUCAACGAAAGCCCGCCACUGUUAACAGUCAACCCUGCUCGAGAAGUCAAAAGUUGUAACCAAGCACCCAGCAUGACCCAAAAUUAAGACCAAAGACCUCCACCUCCUCCUCCUCUCACUCAUCUGCCUCAAUGUAUCCAUUAAUCUUCUUCUUCUUCUUCUUCCUCUUCCUCUCCGUCGCCCCCGACGACGAAUGUUAUCAUCAGCCGCCCUUCGACUGUGGGCCCUUCAAGAAUCUCUCUUACCCCUUCACCUACGAACUCCAGCCCUCCCAGUCCCACUGCGGCCAGCCCGAGUUCCGACUCACCAACUGCGCCCCUACCGAUUCACCCGAGUUGACUAUCUCACCUCUGACUUACCGAGUCCUCCGACUCAACCAGGCCAACAAAACCAUGACCCUUGCCCGCUCAGACCUCUGGAACAACACCUGCCUCGCGGAUCAAUUCAAUAAUUCCACGAUUCUAAAUUCUACUAUUCUGGAUUACACAACCGACAAUGAGGACCUCACUAUCUACUACGGUUGCUUCUUUAAAUUUACGGAGAUGCGGAUUCUUCCAACUAAUCUCUUUAACUGUAGCAGCGUUAAUGAGGAAAUGAGCGCUUCUUUUUAUAUAACCGGUCGGGUUCCGACCGAUCCGAUUCUCAAUAUUACCACCUGCCACGUCGGGGUCACACUCAAAAUCCUUCAAACGGCGGCGUUUCAGCUAACAAGCAAACAGGCCUCACUUAGGGAGGUUUUGAUGGAAGGUUUUAAUGUGAAUUAUAGUAAUUGUAUCUCUCAGCCGUGUCCCAAGCCGCCAGAUAAUGGAAACAAUACAGGUCUCAAAUUAGGUAAACAUUUUAUCGACAAACUUUUCCUCCAACCCAUUGCAUGGUGA